UUUUAAAGCACAUUUUCAUUGGAUAUUCUAAACAUGUCUCUGUUCCUCUGAGGUGGUUCCAAGACUAGUUUUUACAAAAUUAAAAUUUGUGUUUAAUUUAAACUAACAGUGAUGCCUAUUUCAAUGAUUAGUAGUUCUUUGCCUCUUAGCACUUGGUGCAAAAACCUUGUCCAAAGGUAAGCUAUUCUGUACCGGAUUUGUGAGAAAACACAGACAGGGAAAUACAUCCAGUAACUCUGUUUCUCUUCUCGAUUUUAACUAAGCUUGGGACAGCUGAAGUCCAUGAAGUUCACAUGAAUACAUGUGAAGCGAAAUAGGCUGGCAUCAUUCAUUUGUUUUUUAAAGUCUUCUGAGUCAAAAGAUUUUGACCCUGUCUUCUAGCAGAAACUACUAGAAGAGGGGAAUUCUGGCUGGAGGAGUUGACCUGAAGUAUGCUAAUGGGUAUUACUUCUUUGUUCAGAAACUGUUUUGCAGUUUCUGCAUAAAAUGUGCAGGCUGGGUUCAUGUGCUUAACAUCUGUCUAAAGAGUUCUUUAAUAAUAUGUUACAGUUAAUGUGGAAAACAGACAAAGUUACAAAUGUGAAGGGGAACUGUGGAUUUUGCGUAUUGUUUUAGGGACUCUUCCAGUCACAAGAUGUUCUGCGUUUGAAACCUUCCCUUCUGACUAUUUCACAACGCAGUGCAGCCUCCUGUGACCAGAUGAACUGGGUGCGUUCAGAUGUUCCGCUGACAGCAGCUGCCAGAUACAUGCAUCCUUCUUCACCGUGGCAGAGGCAGUGCCAUGCUGGCUGGAAAUAGUACUCAAAAACCGGGGGCACUCUUUCUUUUUUUGUUUGGUCAGGCUUUCCAGGAGAGUCUUCCACAAUCUCGUAAUUUAGAAGUUCCUGCUGAUACGAGCCUGUAUGUUUCGUUGUCGAAGUAACAUCGCAUUUUUGUCCAGCUAGCGUCUUUCAGACCGGUAUUGCCAGCACUGAAGGACCCUUGCUGUAGCUGUGAUCGUGUGCACAGAACCCAGUACUCCCACUUCUCUGCUCUAGCCCCUUUUACCCUUUUAAAAGGGCACCUUGCUCUUACCCUGUUGCCUGUUUCUGUAUCUUUUUUUUUCUCAACAGGUAAAAAGUAUCUGAUCUAAUCAGUAGGUGUCUGAUUUGAUUGUCCAUUUUCCCUGAGCGGGAGACACAAAUCACAGGACUGGACUCUGAACUGUCAUAUGGCAUGUUUUUCAUCAAGCUUGCCAGAGUUAAGUGAUGAGGGCACUGAAACGGGUUUUCAGUCUGGAUUGGUGCACGAGGCUUCCCAGUUCCUUAUCCCUCUGCUCUGUGUACCUGCCGCUUAUCAUCUGAGUCCAGGUGAAAAGAGGGGAACGUAGACAGCACGUUCCAGUGGUGUCUAGUGCCAGGUCACAAGUGAGCAGUGGUUCACUGCUGACCGCGUAUGCAAAAGGACUGGGAAGAAUUCAUUUGAUACUAGUUUUUUUAAUCCAAUUUUAGACAACUUUACAAAACCUGAUGUUUUGCUGACACAGCUGCAAAAUGGCUUUAUUUAAAGCUUUUGUAAAAAUGAACAGACAGUCCUAGAUUAGUAUGCUGUAGUUGAGGCAAUCCUUGUAGUAGGCUACAGCGUGGGCCUAAGGAGUAACGUCUGUAUUUGAGUUAAUGCAGGAUGAGUGAGGGAACGUGGGAACUGGAACAUGCUAUGACUUGGACAGGUCUCUUAGCAGAGGACAUCUCGUAUUGUUGAACGCUUGUGAGACUCAGAUGGGUUCUCAUCAGUCCGAGAAGUCAGAUUUUGAGGAAAUUGCCUCUGAUCCCCAAUUUCUGAUCAUUUUUGUACAAUAUAUGGGAAGCAAUUGGACACAUGGAAGACACAUCCCAGCCAAGAGACACCUGAGGGAGCAUGUUUGCUUCAGGUUUGGCAGACCAGUCUCGCUCUGUCUCUUGCAACAUGGACCAAAGGGAAAUUCUGCUGCAAAACCUGGAAAGGACCCAGAGCAAGAAGCUCAACCAAGAAGAAUUUGUAGACGAAUUUUUGAAGCUGAAAAAGCAGUCAACAAAGUACAGGUUGGAUAAAAUCUACCCUACAGCAGCAUCUGAGCAACCAGAGAACAUCAAGAAGAACAGAUACAAGGAUAUCUUACCCUUUGACCACAGCAGAGUGGAGCUGUCCCUGAUCACAUCAGAUGCAGAUUCUCAUUACAUCAAUGCCAACUUCAUCAAGGGUGUCUAUGGGCCAAGAGCAUAUAUCGCAACCCAGGGUCCUCUCUCCACUACUGUCACUGACUUUUGGAGGAUGAUUUGGGAGUAUGAAGUCCUGAUUGUGGUCAUGGCUUGUAUGGAGUUUGAAAUGGGAAAGAAAAAAUGUGAGCGGUACUGGGCAGAGGUGGGUGACUCUUCCCUGCAGUGUGGUCCUUUCUCCAUUGCCUGUGAAGCUGAAGACAAGAAAAAUGAAUACGUGAUUAGGACUUUAAAGGUGACCCUGAAUGAAAAAAUCCGCACCGUCUAUCAUUUCCACUAUAAAAACUGGCCAGACCAUGAUGUUCCCUCUUCCAUUGAUCCCAUUUUGGAGCUCAUCUGUGAGAUUCGUUGCUACCAGCCAGAUGACAACGUUCCGCUCUGCAUCCACUGCAGUGCUGGCUGUGGGAGAACAGGAGUCAUCUGUGCUAUUGACUACACCCGAAAGCUGCUGAAAGAUGGAAUUGUUCCAGUGAACUUCAGUAUUUUUAGUCUGAUCCAGGAAAUGCGCACGCAAAGGCCUUCAAUUGUGCAAACCAAGGAGCAGUAUGAGCUGGUUUAUGAUGCUGUGAUUGAACUCCUGAAAAGGCAGAUUAAAGCAUUUGAUGCCCAAGAAGAUUCUGCUGCUUCACAGAUUCAAACAAAGCAUCUUGUAGCCAAGCCAAUUCUGACUCCAGUGGAAGAAAUUUAUUCUCCGAGAUUACCAAACUGCUCAGGGCAAGAGAAGAAGGAUGUACCCCAACAUUAUCCUCCUGUGGUGCAAAGUGAAGCAUCCCUGACAUUGUUGUCUGCCACGGGAGUACAUGACAGCUUUGGGCACGGAGUCCCUCCCAUUAGACAGGCCAUUUCCUUUGGGACUUUGAACUUCAGCAACAGUGGGAAGGCAGUUGCUGAAAAGUGGGGCAUGGAGGAAGCUCUCCAGAAACACCACAGUUUGGAGUUCAACAGCAUCUCUUCUGAGCAGCUGCUUCUCAACCUGAAACCUAAGGGAAUAGGCAGGAGAUGGCCUCAUGACAAAGCACCUCUGACACGGACUAAAUCUACCCCUUUUGUGCUGGCACAUCAGAGAGAAGCCCAGGAAUGGGAUGGAGGGGAUGUAAAGCCUAUUCUGAGUUCACAGUUGCCAAAUGCCUGUUCAAGCUUUCAGGUAAAGAAGCAGGCUGGGUUUUCCUCUGUUGAGAUGAACCGCUCGAGCAGAGCAGUGGACUGCCCCCCAAGUCACAGGAACAGUAGGCAAUGUCCUCACCCUUACCUUUGUUCAGCAGAAGAUCCUUACUUCUCAUCGCUCUCUUCAGAUGAUCUUGCAUCCCCAGUGUUUACUGAGUGCUUUGCAGAGGGACGUGAUGCCAUUUUCCCAUCUUGUGCUGUGACUCCCCCAGUGCAGCCUGUCUUGACCAGUUCACCACCACCCAAGCCUGUGUCCCAGCAUGCUCCCCUGUUGAACGAUGAGAGGAUAUCCUCGCUCACCCUCUUGCCACAGCCGGACGAUGAUGAUCCUCCGCCCCUGCCUGAGCGAACCCCAGAGUCAUUUAUUGUGGCCAGUGAAUCAGGUGAAUUCCCUCCAGCAGCUUCUGAUUUUCAGCCCCCAGCCAGAAAUAAAGACAUUGGAACCUCACUGGAGCAGAGUGGUGUGUCUCACUCAGAGGUUUUUAAUGACUCAGUAAGACUGAGACCAUGUAAGAGUGUGAGGCUCCGGAACUGCCAAUCAGAGAUAAACAGGGAUCGCUCUAACUCCCCUCCUCCGCUUCCUGAAAGAACCCCGGAGUCGUUUGUUCUUGCUGAUGCAGCAAGUCUGCAGCCUGCUGCAAGGAAUCCCACAAGUAGCCCUUGGGACUUGGAGAACAAAGCUUCUGAAAUACUGUCAAAAGAGCCUGUGGCAUGCUUCAGGAGAAGCAAGAGCUUGAAAAUAUUGAAAAAUGUGAGAAAGCGUAUCUGUAGUCCAUCUUCACUGACAAAACCAUCAGAAUCUGCCCCGUCAAACCAUUCAAGCUCUUUUCUUAAGUUUGGCUUUGCAAAUCGAUUUUCAAAACCUAAAGGACCAAGAAAUCCGCCAACAACAUGGAAUAUUUAGAUAAACUUUAUAGAUUCUGUUACAGAUUUGUGAAGUCCUGCUGGCAUGCCUUAAGUGCUCUUCCUGAUAAGAUUUUCAGCAGAAUAAAUACAUCAAAGCAUGUUGCAUGAUAUUUGCAGCUGAGGCACUACUUGCACACUUUUUAUCAACUAAAGUCUUAAAAUAAAGAAGAAUAUACAAAUAUCAGCAGCUUGGCACUUUCAGUGAACUUUCAACAGGAUGGAAGCUGAAAAAAAGAAUAGGUAUUUUAUCCUAAUAAGUGACACUUUUAUCUUGUUUUGGGAUGUAUUGACUUCAAAAUGAUGGACUUAAGUCUUUGAAACAAAGCACUGUUAACUGGGAGUUGGUUCCAGUGAAGACAAUGGAAUGACAUGAUAGUCCAAUGGACUGGACCAACACAAAACAUGAAUCUGGAUGUUGCAAACGUAGCAUCUGUGUAACUUCACUUACAUGUAUAGUUUUACUGUAAUCAAAGAUCUGUAUUUGCUUAUAUGUUUACAGUACUGGGAUGAAUUAACACCUCAGAUUUUAGAAAGACUUUCUGUAAGUUAAUUAAAUUUCACUUUUUUUUUUUUA